CGCGCCACUCGUCUCGCGCAUGCAAUGGUCAGUCGGUUUGGCUUGUCUGAUCGCCUGGGAGCCCAGGUUAUCACCGAAACACAACUGGCCAGUAGUCAGGUCGGGCCGAGCACUCGAGAUGCAAUUGACGCAGAGGUGGCUGGCUUACUGUCUGCUUCACUAGAGCGAACUCGUGCUCUGCUUACCCUACACGCCGAUCAGCACCGCCGAUUAGCAGAAGCUCUGCUUCACUAUGAAACCUUGAAUCGCGAUGAUGUCGAUGCGGUGCUUGAAGGUCGGCUUAAAACACCUACAUCACAGUUGCCAGCAGCCUCUCCAUCUAACACUGACAAUGGUCCUCGGGCCAUGGAUCCCGGUGACCAUGAUUUAGGGGGAUCUUUGAAGGGACCCAGAAGACGCAUGCAACCAGCUCCUGCCAGUUUUCCGAAGCCGACUGCAGCUACGGCUGCUACCGUUGCUGGCUCGAGUGGGGUCAGCCCAACUCUUGCCUAG